CCAUCUUGUCGCGGCUCGGAUUGAGGGUUUGGGUUCGGAUCUCAUAUUCGGUGUGAGGAGCGUUUCAGCCCCGCGGUGAGAGACUGGAGCCCGGGUUCAGGUCGCGGCGCGGCGGGUCCGGGUGUUAGAGCGGAGAUCCGGGGGGGUGGAGUGAGUGAGUGAGAGAGAGAGAGAGAGAGACAGGAGCUGUGUGUGAGAGAGACAGAACGACACAGUGAGACAGGUCUCACUCUCUCCUCAUCCUGCUGCAGCAGUGAUCUUCACCCGCUCAUGCACUCGCCACUUCAUCCUCCACAUCUGGAUCGCUCCUCUGCAUGUGGCUGUGUGACGCUGAGUGAUUACGCAGUUGUGAGAUCGGCUCCGGACGCACCGCAGCGCUGUCUGCACACCCCUCCUGCGGAUCCUGUUGGUUCCUAAAUGUGUGUUUAUUUGCGCUCCUGUGGACGGGACGCAGAUUUGGAGCAGAUUUGGCGACGAUAAUGUGGGUGCUGGGUGGUGCAGUAACAUGGGUUGAACGGUGGGGGCGCUGCUGCUGCGCUUUUCUCACCUCCACCUAAUUAAGCCUGUAAACAAAUUCCUUCUUUUUAUUAAUUCAUCGUUUUUAUGAGGAGCUGAUUUGGUUUUUCUGGUUAUCUGGCUGGAAUCACAUCUGAUCUGGAAGGAUGACUGAAAAUCUGCUGGAUGUCGGACCUCCAAAUGCCAAGAGACCCAAGCUGACCUCACCUGGCUCAGACAGGACAGAGCUGAGCUCGUUAUCAUGGGACGAUCUGGAGAGCAGUCUACCGGACGAGCUGAUCCCGAACGGAGACCUGGCUCUGAUGUCUCUGCCCACCAACGGCAGCGGGGCGGGCGCGCAGGGCCUGUCUGAUGCCGCCACCAGGCACAAGCAGCUCUCCGAGCUCCUCCGGGUGGGCAGCGGUGCCGGUCUGAACUCGUCCAGCGCCGUGCCUGUGGGAGGUCUGGGUGCUCAGCUGGGUGCUCUGGGGAAGAGUCCGCUGGGCCAGGGCUCGCCCUCGCGCGGCUCCCCGACUCCCAAACCUGUGGGCGGCGGGGCCGGCACGCCGGGCAACGGCACCAUGGGUCUGAACGCCGGCUUCAACCAGGCGAUGCUGAACAACGCCCAGCAGCACGCCAUGAUGGCACCGAACACCGGCGCUCAGCAGCAGGUGAUGAACGGGACGCUGGGGCCUGGCGGGCGCGGCAGGGGUGCGGUGAACACGCAGUACCAGGGUGCCACCAUGCAGGGGGCGCCAUCUGUAGGCCAACGGGUAGCGCCGGCGGCACCGGGAGGAACAGGAAGCGUGCUGGCGGACGCUCUGACGCAGGGGACGGCGGCCAACGUAAACAAGAUGGGCAUGGCCGGUGCCGGCGCUCCGUUCGGUCAGUACCAGGCCGGCGGGCAGCAGUUGGCGGGGACGGGUGUGAACGCCCAGCUGCAAAAUAAAAACACGCUGGUAAACAACCUGCCGCCGUUCAGCACUGACAUGAAGGGUGGAACCGUGCCCACCGCGACCAGCAUGCCCCAGGGGCAACAGCAGGUAGCGGUGGGCAUGGUGCCCGCCAGCCCCACGGCCGACCCGGAGAAGCGGAAGCUGAUCCAGCAGCAGCUGGUCCUCCUGCUCCACGCCCACAAGUGUCAGCGGCGCGAGCAGGCUAACGGAGAGGUGCGCGCCUGCCCCCUACCCCACUGCAGGACCAUGAGGAACGUCCUCAACCACAUGACCCACUGCCAAGCUGGCAAGUCCUGCCAGGUGGCUCACUGCGCAUCAUCGAGACAGAUCAUCUCUCACUGGAAGAACUGCACCCGACACGACUGUCCGGUCUGCCUCCCGCUGAAGAACGUCAGUGACAAGCGGAACCAACAGCCGAUGCUGAGCUCUCCUAAUGCGCCGCUGCAGAACCCCAUGGCUCCGGUGGGUACCACCCCGAACACCACGCCGGCUCUGAGCACCUCCACCCCCAUCGACUCCAGCUCCAUGCAGCGGGCGUACGCGGCACUCGGCCUGCCAUACAGCAACCAGAGCGCCACACACACACCUACCGGCCAGGGCCAGCAACAGACACCUACCGGCCAGGGCCAGCAACAGAUCAGAGCACUCAACACACUCGGCACUAAUCAGAUGAACCUGAGCGGUGGAACACUGGGCGUGGCCACGUCAGAACAAGCCAAGCUGCAUCCGGAUACCAACCUGCCGUCCACUCUCAACUCCAACAGUCAGUUAAUGACAGACAGCUUGGCAGUGGCGGGUCUGGGCAGCAUGCCCACUGCUGCACCCCUGUCUGCGACCGGUGUGAGGAACGCCUGGCAUGAGCACGUCACUCAGGAUCUCCGGAACCACCUCGUCCACAAACUAGUUCAGGCUAUCUUUCCUACACCGGACCCUGCGGCUCUGAAGGACCGGCGCAUGGAGAACCUAGUGGCUUAUGCACGGAAAGUGGAGGGGGACAUGUACGAGUCUGCAAACAGCAGGGAUGAGUACUACCACUUCCUCGCUGAGAAGAUCUAUAAGAUCCAGAAGGAGCUGGAGGAGAAGAGAAGAUCUCGCUUACAGAAGCAGGUCAUCAACCAGACGCCCAUCACUGCAGCCGGGGCACAGCAACCCGCUCUGAACCAGCCCAACGCACUGGGACCUAGACCACAGAACGGACCUGUGCCCAUGCCCAACGUGCCAGACCAGAUGAUCAACCGCAUGCAGGUGACCCAAGGGAUGAACCAGUUUAACACCAUGUCUAUGCAGAACGUACAGAUGCCUCAGACGCCCAUGGCCCCUCGUGCCGCCUCUGCGAUAACCCACGGCCCCCAGAUCAACAUGAGCGCUGUUCCUCAGAUGGGACUGUCUCCCACGCGGAUGGCCCAGACGCAAGGCAUGAUGGGAGCUCGAGGCGGGAACGUGGCGCCCCAGGCGGCCAAUCAGACGCCGUUUCUGCAGCAGUUUCUCGCCAACACUAACGGCAUGAAUGUUAACGUGAGCCAGAACAACACGCCGGCCGCUGGCACGCAGCAGCCGCAGAACCUUCCUCUAAAUGCACUUGGCCCUUUGGGCCCUCAGACCUGCCCCGCACCUUUACAGGCUCCUCCCCGCGCCACGCCGCCCCCCAACACUGGCACUACCACCACGGGCGCCAACCUGCCAGCACUGCAGACCGACCGGGCAGGUGCGCCCACGUCCGUUCCGGCCCACAGCAAGUCGCCGCACACACAGUCCCAGACGGAGCCGCACGUGCUGGCACAGCCACGCCCGGUCACGCCGAGAGCCGAAAAUCGCGUCCCCACCCCGGCGUCGACCGCAAGCGCUGACCUGCACGCCCUGCCAGCGCCCGCUCCUGCACCUACGCUGCCCACGCCGCCCGCGGGGGUCGAGCCUAAAGCGGAACUGAAAACGGAACCUGAACAGGAGGAGCGGGACUUUGACUCCAGCGCUGUGAAACUAGAGCCCAAGAUGGAGGUGGAGGACUCUCUGCUCAUCAAGAAGGAGGAGGCCGAGAGCUCGGUGACCGAGCAGGAGCCGAUGGAGACGGACGAGAAGAAGACGGGAGUGAAGACGGAGCUGAAAGACGAGGAGGAGAGCGGGACGACGGGCACGACCACGACCUCUCCGCCACAGUCCCGGCGCAAAAUCUUCAGACCGGAGGAGCUGCGGCAGGCGCUGAUGCCCACGCUGGAGUCUCUGUACAGGCAGGAUCCCGAGUCCCUUCCCUUCCGCCAGCCUGUGGAUCCUACCCUGCUGGGCAUUCCGGACUACUUCGACAUAGUGAAGAACCCCAUCGACCUGUCCACCAUAAAGAGGAAGCUGGACACGGGGCAGUACCAGGAGCCGUGGCAGUACGUGGACGACGUGUGGCUCAUGUUCAACAACGCCUGGCUGUACAACAGGAAGACGUCGCGCGUCUACAAGUACUGCUCCAAACUGGCCGAGGUGUUCGAGCAGGAGAUCGACCCCGUCAUGCAGGGACUCGGCCACUGCUGCGGCAGGAAGUACGAGUUCUCGCCUCAGACGCUCUGCUGUUACGGGAAGCAGCUCUGCACCAUUCCCAGAGACGGUACCUACUACAGCUACCAGAACCGGUAUUAUUUCUGUGAGAAAUGCUUCAACGAGAUUCAGGGAGACAGCGUGACGCUCGGGGACGAUCCGGCACAACCCCAGACGAUGAUUUCUAAAGAACACUUUGAGAGGAAGAAGAACGACACACUAGAUCCCGAACCGUUCGUUGAAUGUAAAGAUUGUGGGAGGAAGAUGCAUCAGAUUUGUGUGCUGCAUUACGAGGUGAUCUGGAACUCUGGCUUCAUCUGUGAUAACUGUUUGAAGAAGAGCGGCAGGACGAGGAAGGAGAACAAGUUCUCGGCUAAACGGUUACCCGUGACGCGGUUAGGCACGUACAUCGAGGACAGAGUGAACAAGUACCUUAAGAGACAGAACCACCCUGAAGCGGGCGAGGUGUUCGUGCGGGUGGUGGCCAGUUCGGACAAAACGGCGGAGGUGAAAUCGGGCAUGAAGGCCAGGUUUGUAGAUAACGGUGAGAUGGUCGACAGCUUCCCCUAUAAGACCAAAGCACUUUUUGCGUUCGAGGAGACGGACGGCGUGGACGUGUGUUUCUUUGGGAUGCACGUGCAGGAGUACGGCUCGGACUGCCCCUUCCCAAACACCAGGCGGGUCUACGUCUCGUACCUGGACAGUAUUCACUUCUUCAGACCUCGGCUGCUGCGCACGGCCGUGUACCACGAGAUCCUCAUCGGCUACCUGGAGUACGUGAAGAAGUCAGGGUACGGUACCGCCCAUAUUUGGGCGUGUCCCCCCAGCGAGGGCGACGACUACAUCUUUCACUGUCACCCGGCCGAUCAGAAGAUCCCCAAACCCAAGCGCCUGCAGGAGUGGUACCGCAAGAUGCUGGACAAGGCCUUCGCCGAGAGGAUCAUCCAUGACUACAAGGACAUCUUCAAGCAGGCGACGGAGGACCGGCUGACCAGCGCCAACGAGCUGCCGUACUUCGAGGGCGAUUUCUGGCCGAACGUGCUGGAGGAGAGCAUCAAGGAGCUGGAGCAGGAGGAGGAGGAGAGGAAGAAGGAGGAGAACACGGCCACGUGCGAACCCCCCGAGGGCGCGCCGGGCGACAGCAAGAACGGCAAGAAAAAGAACAACAACAAGAAAGCCAACAAGAACAAGAGCAGCGUGAGUCGGGGCAACAAGAAGAAACCCGGGAUGCCCGACGUCGCCGACGACCUGUCCCAGAAACUCUACGCCACCAUGGACAAGCACAAAGAGGUCUUCUUCGUCGUCCACCUGCACCCGGGCCCCGCGGCGAACGCGCUCCCGCCGGUGUCGGACCCCGACCCGCCGCUGUCCUGCGACCUGAUGGACGGGCGGGACGCCUUCCUGACGCUGGCGCGGGACAAGCACUGGGAGUUCAGCUCGCUGCGGCGCUGCAGGUGGAGCACCAUGUGCAUGCUGGUGGAGCUGCACAACCAGGGCCAGGACCGCUUCGUCUACACCUGCAACGAGUGCAAGUACCACGUGGAGACGCGCUGGCACUGCACCGUGUGCGAGGACUUCGACCUGUGCAUCGGCUGCUUCAAGACCAAGGGUCACGAGCACCGCAUGGUCAAGUGGGGUCUGGGUCUGGACGACGACAACGGCGGUCAGGGCGGCGAGGCCUCCGAGAGCCCGCAGGAGAGCCGGCGCCUGAGCAUCCAGCGCUGCAUCCAGUCGCUGGCGCACGCCUGCCAGUGCCGCGACGCCAACUGCUCGCUGCCGUCGUGCCAGAAGAUGAAGCGCGUGGUGCAGCACACCAAGGGCUGCAAGCGCAAGACCAACGGCGGCUGCCCCGUCUGCAAGCAGCUCAUCGCCCUGUGCUGCUACCACGCCAAGCACUGCCAGGAGAACAAGUGCCCCGUGCCCUUCUGCCCCAACAUCAAGCACAAACUGCGGCAGCAGCAGCUGCAGCACCGCCUCACGCAGGUGCAGAUGAUGCGCCGACGGAUGGCCACCAUGCAGGGCCGGGCCGGGCCGCAGAGCCUGCCCUCCCCUCCGCCCCCGACCCAGCAGCCGCGGCAGCCUCACGCCCAGCCCGCCGUCACCCCCGCCGCUCCCGCCGCCUCCCCGGCGUAUCCGGGCACGCCCUGCGACGACGUCCGGCAGCCGUCACGGGGCAAGCCGGGCACCCGAGCCUCGCCCCUGCACCGGAACCCCUCGCCCCUCCCUCGGCUGCAACAAGCGCAUCAGAAUCCACCGCAGCAGCAAGCUCCUCAGCCGCAGCACCCGCCCCCCGCCGCCGUGGAAGCGGCGCGCCAGAUCGAGAUGGUCGCGCAGGCCCAGCAGAACCGAACUUACCGCGUGGCUCCGAACGGCCUGUCCGCCGACCAGCAGCCGCAGCGCACGCCGGGCCCCACGCGACCCCCGCCGCAGGCGGUCGGACCAGGGGGGCCUCGAGUCGUGCCGAACCAGUGGGUGGCGCCGGGGGCGCAGCAGGCUCAGCGGCCCGCGGUGCCCACGCGGCGGCAGCCAUCCCUGCCGCAGCAGCAGCCAUCCCUGCCGCAGCAGCUCUCCACGGUGCCGACGCAGGGCCAGCGGUUACCCCAGACCCCUCGGAGGCCCCCGGCCGUCGCCCCCGGCGCCCUGCAGGACCUGCUGCGCACGCUCAAGUCGCCCAGCUCGCCGCAGCAGCAGCAGCAAGUACUGAACAUCCUCAAGUCCAACCCGCAGCUCAUGGCGGCUUUCAUCAAGCAAAGAACCGCCAGGUACCAGGCCAACCAGCAGCCGCAGCAAGGCGUGCAGCCCACCGCGCAAACCGUGGCGGCCACGCAGGGACUCCAAAGUCCUGUCGUUCCGACCCAGCGACCCCAGCAGGCGAACGCACAAGGCACGGCGACUCUCCGGCCGGCGCAGGCUCAGCAAAUAAACCAGGCCGAGUUGUACCGCCGCCAGCUCCUGCGCCGACAGCAGCAGCAGCAGCAGCAGCAGGGCACGAUGCCUCAAACUCACCCGCAGUUCCGACAAACGCAGGCCGCCGCUCCCACUUACACGCAGCAGCUCCGCAUGCAGCAGCAGAUGGGCGCCCUGAACCAGCUCCCCGUCACGGCGCAACUCGGGCAGCCCGGCCUGCCGAUGGACGGCGCGCAGAACCCGCCGCACCGGCGCGCGCUCCAGCAGACGGCCCCGCCCGACCCCACGAGCCCCCGAGGUCUCCCGCCGACCCGAGUCCGCUCCCCGGCCCCCGUGCGGUCGCCCCGACCGCAGCACUCCGGCCCCUCGCCGCAGGUCCGACCCCAGCCCUCGCCCCAUCACGGCCCGGGGACGCCGGACCAGAACGCCACGCCGUCGCGGCUUGACGCACCCGGCCCGCCCGCCGACAUGGGCUUGGUGGGAGACACCACGGGAGACACGCUGGAGAAAUUCGUCGAGAGGUUGUAGCAGCCCCCCCCCCAUCCCCCAAAGCUCUCAGAGUUCCAGAGCGCCCCCUGUUUCCCUCCGAAGGAAUUUUUGUACCGUAGAACAUGCAAAAAGUGGCAGGAAGGCGAAAGAGACGGUGUAAAGUAUAACGGAGGAACGGUCAUGUUCACGUUUGGGUUUUUUAUCAGAGACCGAAACUAUUUUCUCUUCUCAGUUACGGAACGAUUUGCUGUUUAAAGAAAACGUAAAGAAUAUAUUUUUGGUUCUGACCCGCGUGGUCCUGCUUUUCUUUGCAUUUUUAUCGGUGUAUCUGUUUUCAGGGUCUGUUUUAUUUUGUAUUAUUUGGGGGGGGGGUGUAAUGGUUUCACGUCUGCUCUUUAUUCUGUAUAAAACAAAUGUACAAAAGUUCAUAAUAUUAUUCUUAUAAUUUGUAUGAUUUUGUACCCGGUGUAACUUUAUAUUUGCGUUUAUAGACCGUCUGAUGUCGCGGUCCGGGAAAUGUGGGCGUGGCUUUUCUCGGCUUUGAUCAUAUCCCUGUUUUUUAUGUUUCAUACGGGUGUAACGGGGCACACACACACACACACACACACACACACACACAGUACCAGCCACAGUAGAGGACGUACGAACCCGGGUCUCAGCGUCACGAGGGGGUAGAAAACGGGCGUCGGUAAUAUAUUUGGGUUUGUUCUUUUGUUUUAAGCUGAGAGUUUGGUUACUGCUCUCCCAGUUCUCCCAGUUCCUGUCACACAGAGGUGAAGCGAGGCUUCACUGUUCCUCCUCAUGUAAAUCAUGCGAGUUCUAAAUCCUAUACAGAGAAAAGAAAAGGACUAUAAAGAAGUUGAAACUUAUUUCUUACUUGUAUACCAUAUCGUCAAAUAAACUGUGUGCAGCACAUCAAAGCAUCCUGUGUGUUUCACUGUGAGAGAGAGAACGGCGUCUGUCCUGAACCCGGUGACCCGCCCGGCUCCCACUACCUACCCGAUCAGCUGCUCAGUAGAGAGGAUUGUGGUAACACGUGGAGCUCAUAAGGCAGACGAUUUAUUAGCCUUACGAGCGUAGUGUAGGGUGCUGUAGAGAGAUGAGUGGGUUCUCAGAUCACAGAUCGAAUUCAUCAGAAGAUGGAAACACAUUCAGUUCAGGUUUUAAUCACCUGUUCGGUCACACCCAGACCCCCAGCGGUUCGCCUCGUCUGCUUCGACCGCUGCCUGGAACUCAAACACGAGAGAAAGAAUAGGUCAUGAAGUGCUUCCGUUAGGCUGUACAAUAAAGCUCCAUUAUGCAGACAACAGAACCGACACACACCCGCUGAGGAGCGCUCGGGGUUCACCGGCAACCACCGAAACCAAGAAGUGCUUCGCCUGAGGCCACCCGACCCCCAGCGGCUUCAGGAAGCACGGAGGAGAAGAGGCACGACACCGAGACCUGAGUAACUGCAUUUCGUUCUAAUCAUGUACAUGGUUUUGAAUGACAAUAAAGCUGAGUCUGAGUCUGA